AUGCCUAGCUCAUCCAAAGCUCCACGAAUCUCGUCAAGAGAAUGGGCGAAUCGAAAGCCUCGAAUCCUCGAGCUAUAUAUCAAUGAUGGGCGAACAUUGGCUGAAGUCAUCGAGGAGAUGACGAAAGAAGGCUUCACCGCGACGAAAUCACAAUAUGAACAUAAAUUCAGGGUGUGGCGGGAGCGCAAAAACAUGAAGCGAGUUGAAUGGGCUAAAGCCAUCAGAGAACGGGAACAAGGUGGAUCAACGGCUCCGUUCAUCCUCUCAGGCAGGGAACUUCCUGGCUCUAAGGUUGAGACAGCCCGGCGUCGCUACGCACCCAAAAGACCUCAGGUAUCGGAGGAAGAAGUCCAGGGACAUGCAGCACUUCCCAUCGCAAUCGAAGACGACCAUAUGUUUAUGGAAGAGCUUACAUCUGAAGCAACCAUGGUAACCGCCGGGUUCGAUAAUGAAGCUGUUGAUAUGUCAAUCUAUGCAGGGAUCAACGAGGCCAACCUUGAUCAGGACAUACAGCUUCUCGAAUCGACAGGCGAGACCAUUGAUAUGCUCUCUCACGAAACUCCUGUCGAGUUUAGUUUUCAUAUGGACAGUAUUGAUCUUAUCAAUUCGAUCAAUUUCGACCUCCCAGCACAGGAAACAGGUAGCCUUCCAACUUUGGAGACUUGUCUACCCUUCAGAAAUGAUCUCUGGGGCCGUCCACCCACUCUCGAUUUUUCGCAUGGCGUUGAAACACAGCAAGCUCAAGUGUUUUCUCUAGAAGAAUCGUAUUUUUCAACAGCGGAAACGACUUUGAAUUCCUCGUUACCGGUUGUCGUAUCGCCAAAUUCUCUGCAUGGUCACAGACAAACGUUGCUCAAAAACCAAUGGAUAUCACCAUCCUCCGCAACCAUUGUAGCCAAGUUCAUAAAAGAUGUCUACGGCAAUAUCUCCCCUACUACCUCCACUCGCCGUGCGAUGUUGAAUCCCAAUUCCAGUCUCGUCUGGCAGUUCUUGGCAUGCAUGGAUCAAAAGCAUUCAGGAUCUGCCUCAAGGACUGGGGCCUUUCGACUAGCUCUCAACAACCUCUUCUCGGCACAGUUCUUCACCGGAGAAGUACCAGAUCUGUUUGCUAUUCUACCGAACGACGUUGCUCCCGAGGCUCGUCUCUACGCCAGGCUCAUUGCGUCAGUCAUCAAUGGAUUCGCCGACCUUAGGGGAAUACGGCGCGCCGAUGUCCUGAAAUUCCUCAAUAGGCACACGGCCAUACAAUUAUUAAUGGUUGAGUUUAUGUGCUCUAAUUCGGGUCCCGUGGCCAGAUCUCUCGCCGAGAACAUCUUUCAGGCGGCUUUAGAGGCCGACGACGUUGACGUUAUCCGAUCCCUGCUUGAUCAUAACGGGUUGAUUGAUGCAAAUGAAACUGUUUGUCACUAUCGGGGAGGAAGAUGGACACCACUCGAGAAAGCUGCAAUAUGCAAAUCCAUCAGAGUCAUCAAGCUUCUAAUUAGUCGGAAGGUUGACAUAAAUAAAUCCUUUCGAACGAAUGAUGGUUCAAAUGCACUAGAAGCGCUAAUCACGAAUUUCGAGGAUAAGAGAUCAACACUCGGUGACGGUUUCUUGGACAUAGUUGAUGUCUUCUUGGAAGCUAAUGCGACGAUAUCGGCACGUCUCAUCGAAAGGGUAGCCGAAUACUAUACUGACCCCCGUCUGGCAAUCCGUCUCGCCAAGCAAUUUAUUUCCCAAGCACCUUACGAAAUCAGUUUUACCCAUCCGCUCUUCCAAGCUAUCGUUAAGAACCUUGAGGAACGGGCUGUGAUAAGCAUAUUUGGGUUUAUCUUAGAAAAGUGCCAGGAAUUAGGGGGCGACCUAAGUUUGCACAAAUGCGUUAACAUUGACGACGCUUUGGAGAAGGCUGUCGAACGUGGACAUAAAGAGGUAGUGAGAACGCUACUUCCCUAUACGGCAUCACCAGAAAAAGCACUUGCAAAGGCAACAAAAGAAAAGGACCAAGCCAUAAUUGACUUGAUCAUUCAGACAUAUCCACUACUGGAUGAGUGCGCGAGUAACGCCGGGGCUUUCAUCGCUGCUCUUAAGUCCCAAGACGAAGACCGCCUUCACUUCCUAGAAGAAAGAAACCUACUCAAUCGUCUCCGAGACAAUCCCGUGCUAGGUGAUGUAUUCGUCGUGGCCCUUGAAGCGGGAAACCUAGACUUUUCAACUAAAAUCUUAAACGUCGAUCCUGACUUUGAGUUUCUCGAUAAAGACCCCGAAUCCACUUUGGAGGCUGCCUUUAAUGCAGCUUUGGCUAAUAAUUUUGAUGACAUUGCUUGGGACAUCUUGGCCGUCGCGAUCACACGUAGAUAUAUGAGCUACAUAUCGCUGCUACGAGCCGUGGUAGAAAAUAGAAAACCAGACUUCAUGAAAGUGAUCCUGGAAUCUGCCAUAUAUCCAAAUAGACACAGUCAUCCACCCCACCCUAUAUCUAUCGCACAUACAGGACACAGUAUUGAUUGUCUUGAUGACAUACGCUACAAGACGAAUGGAUAUUCGUCGAUUGUGGAAACCGCUAUUGAGUGGGGUGACGACUGUAUUUUAAACGAUAUUUUGCAAGCCCACCCCUCUAACUUUUCUCCCUCAUCCAAGCUUUUGAAACUCGCGCUCGAAAAAGGACGCCCAGGUUUAAUAAUCGAUAUUAUAGAAGCCGGUCCCUUGGAAGACCGCUUUUGGAAGCAUUUCGCAGCAGGAUAUGCGAUACAGUGGGAGAAUAUACCGAUGCUCGACAAGCUGAUUAAUGUUGGCACGGAAUUGGACGAUUGUUUGCUCGAUAUAGCUGUGACAAGACGUUCUUCGAUGGUCAAGCCCCUCCUGGAACGAUACUGGAACAUUUACCCACAAGGACGGACUAGAUAUGGCUGGCUUGCUACAAAUCAUGCUGUCGAAAAAUACUCGGAAUCGCCUGGGCUGCUGGAUAUGCUAUUUGCUUCUAAGCUUGUAACUCUGGAUAUUCUCCAAGGGGACGGGGUGUGCAUAACACCUCUUGUCGUGGCAACUAAAAAAUGCAUACAUCGAAACCAAGUGCACAACCCCUUUCCGACCCUUAUCAAGAGACUACUUGAUGCUGGAAGCAACGUUAACAGCAUAGCAGAGCAUUUAGAUGUCAAGACAACGGCUUUUCUUGAAGCCAUCGGGACGCAAGACACGGAACUGGUUAAGCUCUUCAUUCAGUACGGCGCCGAGAUAGACAAGCCGGCGCGUUCUGGUAUACUGUGGACUCCUCUCCAAAAAGCCGCUGGGCUUAACAAUCUCGAGAUUGUUUGUUUACUCCUAGAUAAAGGUGCCGACCCAAACGCACCACCUGCGAUGUUCUUUGGAGCUACCGCACUGCAGUUCGCAGCUAUGCAGGGCAAUUGUGAGAUAGCGAGGGUCCUCGUUGAGCAUGGGGCUAAGCUAGACACACUCCCAGCACGAGGAAGACUCGGACGUUGGCCCCUUGAAGGAGCGGCUGAAAAUGGCCGUCUCGACAUGAUAAGCUACCUCUGGGAACUGAAUGGCGGUCCGUUUGAUGAUAAACAAUGCCAAAAGGCUAUUCGGCUUGCAGAACGGAACGGACAUCUCGGCUGCAGGGAUAUGAUAAAACUGUUGAUGGCUAAUGGUUCGUCGAAUGGGGGAUUAAGCUUGACAUGCUAG